AUGGAAGUCACAAGGUCUUGGACCGAAAUUUUCCGAGGUGUCGAUGGGAAGCGCACCCACAUUGCCGUCCUGAUCAUCCUCGGAAACGCCUUGACUGGUAUCUAUUUUGUUGCGCCUUACGCCGCCCUCUUCCUCGAAAGCGUUGGCUUGAAGAAUGCUUAUGUCCUCAACGUCGUCGUAAACUCUGGUGUCUUGGGUGGUUCACUUUUGGGUCCGUCUCUUUGCGAAUUCGCCGGCCGCCGUUGGACGCUCAUCGGAGGAUACACCGGCAUGGCGUCUUGCAUGCUUAUUGCUGCUGCCUCCGCCACUGGCCUUGGACAAUCGAACCACACUGCACAAAACCUCCUGGUUGCCUUCCUCUUUAUUUGGGCCUUCAUCUUUGGCGCAACCUCAGGCCCUACCGUUUGGGUUGCUUCAGCGGAGAUGCAUUCGCUCCGACUUCGUACCAUCGGCCAGGCUUACACAACCGUUUUCUUCGUUCAGCUGUGCCUUCUGGAUGCCGUAUAUGCUCAACGCAGAAUAUGGGAACAUGGGAACGAAUGUAGGAUACUUCUAUUUUGGCAUCACCAUCGUCAUCAUUACUCUUACGUGGCUGUUCAUGCCGGAGUGUGGACAGUUGUCUCUCGAGCAGGUUGA